AUGGAUUUAUAUCCAAUGAUGAUGGAUAGAUAUAAUAAUAAUAGUAGUACUAUAAUCGAUAAAAAAUUCCCUAAUAAUAAUGAUAAUGAUAAUAAUAAUCAUAAUAAUAAUCUAAUUAAAAAUAUAAAACAUAAAUUCAAUAUCAAUAAAACAUUGAAUACAACAAAAGCUCGUGUUGAAUUAGUUUUAAUAUUUGUUAAAGUUGGUCAAGUCGAUACAGUGAAUGAACGAUAUCAAGCAGAUAUAUUCCUUCAAGCAAGAUGGCGUGAACCAUUACUUGAUGCUAUGUGGAAUAAAACUAGUUUAAAAUCAAAAAGUAAUUGGCAAACAAAUCCUUCAAUUGAAAAUCCAUUUACAGAUUUAACAUCAAAACGACAAUUGAAUACGUUAAAGUUACAAGAUGAUGAAUUUUGGAAUCCUCGUUUAUUAAUUGAUAAUGCUGAAGGUGAACCAAUUGAAAUAGUUAGUCAUGAAGUAGAAUUUAUAGAACCAGAUUUUGAAGCAUAUCUUGUAGAGAAACGACGAAUUAAAGGUAUCUUUCAUGAAACAUUGGAAUUAAGACAUUUCCCAUUUGAUUGUCAGGAUCUAUCCGUUACAAUCACAUGUGAUCGUACAACAGAUGAAGUGGAAUUAGUUGCUUCACCAACAGAAGUUAGUCAAGUUGAUGUAAGAUGUGCAGCUGACAGUCAAGAAUGGAAAAUAUUUCAUCAUGUCGAUAUUAAAUCAAUAGAAAUUCAAACAGGUUAUAGUCCUGGUACAAGUAAACGUCAUCAUCCUGGUUUAGUAUUUACAAGUCGUUCAGCACGUCGUUCUGGUUAUUUUCUAGUGAAUAUGAUAUUAAUUAGUUGUGUAUUAUGUUUAUUAUCAUUUGCUGCAUUCUCUGUACCAGCUAAUGAAAAUCGUUUACAAUUAUCAUUAUUAUUAUUAUUAACUACAGUGACAUUUAAAUUUGCUGCAUCACAAAAUCUUCCAAAAAUUUCAUAUUUAACAUAUUUGGAUAAAGUUGUCCUGGUGAAUUUUUUCAUGCUUGUCAUUCUCACUGUAUGGCAUGCUAUAGCUCGUGCUGUAUCUUCUUCAAAGCCAAAAUUUUUAGAAUAUGAACAUUAUGUUAUGUACAGUCUACUCAGUUGUUAUUGUAUUGGUUCUGUGUUAUUUGGAUUAACGGUUUAUCUCGAUGCUGGUUCAAGAAGACGUUUAAUGAAACGUAAAGAUGCAGAAUUUAAUCAAUAUAAACAACAAAUUGAAGCACAAAAACAACAUCAUUCUAUAUUAAGUGUAUCAUUAGAAGAAUGGUUAAGUUCACCACAUAAUAGUAUUACAGAUAAUUUAUUAGAUAAAAAUGAUCCUUUAAUCAAUAAUUAUUAA